GGGUGGGUUUUGACUGCGCGGUCCUCUUCUCGUCCAGUGGCUAGGCUAUAAGAGCAGAUCCGUGAUGGGGACCCUAUCGCAGUUGACUUUUACGCAACAGAGAUGAGCGCUCGGAUAUACAAAUCCAGACCCAUGAAGCUUAUAGUGCUCUUCACUGUCUCUCUGUCCUGGGCGUUCCAGCAGCAGGACCGUCCUAAGUACCAGCACUGGGACCCGGUGACCUCUGACCUUCUGCUGUGUGACCAAUGUCCACCGGGCACCGCGGUCAAGCACCACUGUACAGCCCACACAGAGACAGUGUGCCAGCCCUGUCCAGAGAGACACUUCACCAUGAACUGGCACUGGGGAGACAAGUGCCAACACUGCACCUCUGUGUGUAAGGAGAGGCAGCUGGUGAAGCAAGAGUGUAACAGCACCCACGACCAGCUGUGUGAAUGUGCUCCAGGCUUCCAUCUAGUGGUCGAGUUCUGUAUCGCACAUACCACAUGUCCGCCUGGAUUUGGUGCAGCAGUCGUAGGUAACCCUGUGAGUGACACGGUUUGUGAGCAUUGUCCUGCUGGACACUUCUCUGCAGGACACUCAUCCACAGAGCCUUGCAGACCACAUCGAAACUGCUCCAGUCAUGGGCUGAAGACCCUCAGAUGGGGGAGCUCCACUAUGGACAGUGUUUGUAGUCAGGACAGGACAGCUGCAAUGGACUGCUAUCACCAUCACACCCUGUGCCACACCGACGUGACACUGUGUGAAGAAGCAGCAUUCCAGUCUCUGGCCUCUCUGCGUCUCUCCUCUGUUCCUCUGGAGAGGAUCCUGGAGCACCUGCCCGGGCGCAGAGUGGACCAUAAAAGCUUAGAGCGUCUGAAGAAAGCAUGCUCUCCUCAGCAGCAGGUCCUACAGCUGCUGCGCCUGUGGAGAGAGCAGAACAAGGACCAGAGCAAACUCAAUGUCAUUCAAGGAGUAAACCUGUGAGAGGAAGUUCUCCCGCUGCACUGGGCUGAAGAACGUGACCCUGAAUGACCUUGUGCAGAUCAGGGACAGUCUCCCUGGCAUCCGGGUCCCUCAAGAUGAUGUCCUGGCUGUGGUCCAUACCUGCUCUCCACGGCAAUUCCU